AUGGGCUUCUUCUCUAGCCCAUCGCUGCCUCAGUUGGCCACCGUGCCGAGCGACGAGAUCAUCCCUCUCCAUUUCUGGAACACAGCGUUAUGUAUGCGUGGCACAGUUUUGGACAUUUCGUUGAAAUUCGAUGAUGUGUUGGAUAUCACCAAAUUGCGCAAUGGGUUGGAAGAACUAAUCAACAUCGAGAGUUGGAGACAGCUGGGAGCUCGGUUACGGCUGAACAGAGAUGGAAAGUUGGAGUACCAUGUACCAGCACAGUUUGAUACCUCAAGACCGGGCUUCAUCAUGACCACCGUUGAGCAUGGAACAAGCAUUGUCGACCAUUCACUUGCCGAGAAGAUACCACAGGCCACCGACAAACCGACCAUAUUUCCAUCGCCUGAUGAACUAAGCCCUCAUUUACGCAGCGCGGAUACACCCAAAAAGAUUGAGGAUUGGCUUUGCUCGGACAGACCACAGCUAUCGAUACAUGUUAUCACUUUCACAGAUGCCACGAUCAUUACCGUGACAUGGCUACACACCCUAGCCGAUGUGAUGGGGAUGACAACAAUUCUGAAUGCGUGGACUGCCCUUAUGCGAGGCGAUCGAGAGGCGGUUCCUCGACUUGAAGGUUUCCGAUCUGAACCGCUCACAGAACUCGGACAACGCACGCCAGCGGAGAAGUACAUGCAUUACAAUCGCGUUUUCGGUCGAAAAGAGUUCCUGUGGUUUAUCGGGCUGAACAUUCUUGACAGACUAUGGUAUCGCCAGGAGGAGCGCCGUACUAUUUGUAUUCCCGCCACAACAUUGCAGGGUUUAUGUCAGGAAGCAUCGAUUGAGCUUUCUACUCUUUCCCCGGAAGGAGAGGCGUCUCCUUUUGUGAGUGAGAGUGAUGUGCUUUUAGGAUGGUGGGUGCGCACACUUUAUGGUGGACUGGGACUUCGGACCGACCAAACUAUCCUCGUCAACAAUGCGUUGAAUCUGCGGACGUCUUUGCAUGAUUCCUUCAAGUCGGAACAUACUGCAUUCAUGGGAAAUGCCCUGUGUAUGUCUCCCACCUUCUUACAGGGCCAUCAAGUCGCCGAUGAACCGUUGGGUCAAAUUGCCUUGCGGAUUCGACAAUCGUUGGCCCAACAGCGAACUACCGAACAGGUGGAGGCAAUGACAGCGCUGCAACUGCAAACGAUGGAAAAAACAGGCUAUUUAGCCUUGGUAGGUGAUCCUCGGAUGGUGCUACUUUCUUGUUCCAAUUGGCACAAGGCACGCUUAUAUGAGAUGGACUUUUCGUCGGCCGUACUGCAAAAGUCAGAUCACCGGAGCUCGUGCAGCCCACAAACCUCGGGAAGGCCAUCUUAUGUGAACGGGGUUCAGCAUUCAGCGAAUUCUUUCAGAAAUGUCCUUUCGGUGAUAGGGAAGGAUGCUGCCGGCAACUGGUGGCUGACUGGCGUUUUACGAACUGACGCGUGGGGGUAUGUUGAAGAGCAGUUGAUUGAACUCGGCUGA